AUGGUUUUGUCAUCAUCAAAAUCUAUUAGAAAGUUUUCUCAACAGUUCAUUGCGGUGGAGAGCUCAGAUGGGUCAAGGUUUGCCUCUGUCAAUCUCGACGCUGGGCUGGCUUCUCAGCUCAUCACCAUUAAGGUUCUCGAAAGGCUUAGAUUAGGGUUUGGAGAUUUGUACACCGAAGAAAAUGUGGCAAUCAGUGGCAUACACACUCAUGCAGGUCCUGGAGGUUACUUGCAGUACAUGCUCUACAGUGUGACCUCUCUCGGAUUCGUCCAACAAUCCUUUGACGCCGUCGUCAACGCCGUUGAGCAAAGCAUCGUCCAAGCUCACAAUAACCUGAAACCCGGGGAUGUGAAUAAUGCCGGUAUAAACAGGAGCCCGAGUGCGUAUUUACUGAAUCUGCCUGACAAGAGAGCUCGAUAUACGACCAAUGUCAACACGCAAAUGACACUCCCGAAGUUCAUCGACACCAUGAGCGGAAAAGGCAUCGGAGCAUUCAAUUGGUUCCCGACACACGGGACAUCCAUGAACCGAGACACCCUGCUCAUCAGUGGGGACAACAAAGGAGCUGCCAUGAGGUUUUUCGAGGAUUGGUUCGCCUCGACAGUCGAUGGGAAAUCCGUCAAUGGAUCUGAUACCCGGACAAGAUACUGAGCACCAAGAUCAUCGGACAGAGGUAGUUUCAAACAGCCAUUCAGUUGUUCAAUUCUGCCGAGGAAGAACUAAUGGGGAAGAUAGAUUAUCGACAAGCAUAUCUAAAUUUCUCGGACAUCGAAGUGGAGUUAGAAGGAAACCAGGUGGUGAAAACAUGCCCCGCAUGCCCUCGGCGUAGGUUUUGCCGCUGGAACCACCGAUGGCCCUGGCCAGUUCGGCUUCCAGCAAGG